AUUCUGUCAAGAACGUAAACUUAGUCUAAUCUGACUAAUGAGUCAAUUUAUAUGUUUAACCUCUCAAAUCAAAUCAGUGGUUUCUAGUUCACCGGUAGAAAUUCAUGAAUCAUUAGAUAAAAUACACUAUGGAAUAGUUAUCUUCUUCAAUUCGUGUAUUUUUUGCGUUUACUGUGGUGAAAGUUUGAUUAAUUGAUAACUAGCAAUGUUAGAGAACUUAUCCUCCGUCACUUCUGGGGUUGAUCUCACACAGGUCCCACCAAUUCAUCAAAAGCGGUUGCUUACUUUUGUCAAUCAUUUUAUAAUAACGACUGUUAGCUUCUUGAACAAAUUUGCACAGACAUGUGAAAGUAAACUACUAUUAUGUGACCAGAAAAUGCAAAAACUUGAAGCAGAAUUAUGUAUAUUAGAAGCUAAGUUAAACUCCAUCCCUGGUCUGGAAACUGUAGGAGCCCAACAAGCUGCAAGUACAGUGGUACCUCCUACUGUUGAAGGCAGUGAACUUCCAACAGAAGUACUCAGUACUAGUACAUCAGGCACUACAGAUGAACAGGUAGUUGAGAAUCAGUCUGCAGAGAGUGAAAGUGCGACUCCACCUGCAGCGAAAGACCCAGAGCUAGCACGCUUCUUUAAGAUGGUUCAGUUUGGGGUACCUGUACCAGCUGUAAAACUGAAAAUGCAGCAGGAAGGCUUUGAUCCAGAGUUAUUGAAUUCAUGAGAUAGUAUGGAGAAUUAAUCAUGGUAGUAUUCUUUACUACCUUAAGAUCUAAGAGUCUCCAUGCAUAUUCUGAUAAUUUUGGAUACAUAAUGUAUUAUAAAAGUAUUUUAUUAUGUUAUUUUUAUGAAAUGUAAUUUUGUAAAUAAUAUACUAUGUUGAGAAG